UUCUCGCAGUGUCUUUGGGCGUCUUCUUGACUGAAUCUGACUCCAUUGGAGGCUGUGGUAACCGUGAACUAGCUGCACGAACACGGCCCCUCCUGCCUUUCCGUCCUCCUCCCUCUUAGCCGGACUCCCUAACCCAGGCAUCCCCUCUCCUCCCCCUCGCACCCCUCCCGCUCUCGCGCCCGCUCUCCCCUUCCCUGCCUCGCGGGCCCCUUGGCGCGUUCCCGGUUCCCCACUGGCUCCCUGGGGCACGGGAAGGGGGGAGGGGGACAUGCAUGAAAUUAAUUGUUGGUAGUGGGCACAGGAGCAGGAAGCGCUGGACACAGCGACUUCACGUGUUUACACAAAAACCUCAAUAACGUGUGAGCGCAAGAGAGACAUUAGUGCCCCAAGGAGAAGGUUUUUGGCCCAGAUCAGGGCCUAGCACAUGACAGGGGCUCAGUAACCAUUUGUGGAAUGAAUGAAGGAGUGAAGGAAAAUAACUUCAAAGUGGGGCAGGUGGCGGGUGCGGUGGCUUAUGCCUGUAAUCCCAACACUUUGGGAGGCCAAAGCAGGCAGCUCACUUGAGGCAGGUCAGGAGUUCAAGACCAGCCUGGCCAACACGGUGAAACCCCAUCUCUACUAAAAAUACAAAAAUUAGACGGGCGUGGUGGCAAAGGCCUGUAAUCCCAGAUACUCGGGAGGCUGAGGCAGGAGAAUUGCUUGAACCCAGGAGGCGGAGGUUGCAGUGAGCUGGGAUUGCACCACUGCACUACAGCCUGGGCUACAGAGCGAGACUCCAUCUCAAAACAAAAAAAAGAAAGAAAGAAAGUGGGACAGGGGAGCCAAGUGCAGUGGCUCCAACCGUGGUCCCAGCUACUGGGGAGGCUGUGGCAGGAGGAUUGCUUGAGCUCAGGAGGUGGAGACUGCAGUGAGCCAUGAUCACGCCACUGCGCUCCAGCCUGGGCAACAGAGCGAGACCCUGUCAAUAAAAAAAAAAAAAGAAAGUGGAGCAGGGAAUCCAUGAGAAUAAGAUCCAUGGAACCCAGUGACAUGCCUGCUGGCUACCACUGCCCCUUAGACUCUGCCCCCCAGGAUGAGACCAGAGACCCCCAGAGCACAGAGCUGAUCCCCAGAAGAGCCAUCAGCCGCUCUCCAACCUGCGCCCGCUGCCGCAACCACGGUGUCACUGCCUACCUCAAGGGCCACAAGCGCCUCUGCCUCUUCCAGGCUUGCGAGUGUCACAAAUGUGUCCUCAUCCUGGAGCGCCGCAGGGUCAUGGCUGCCCAGGUGGCCUUGCGUAGGCAGCAGGAGGCGCAGCUAAAGAAGCACCUGAUGAGGAGAGGGGAAGCCUCUCCCAAAGCUCCCAACCACUUCAGAAAGGGAACCACUCAACCACAGGUCCCCCCUGGAAAGGAGAACAUAGCACCCCAGCCUCAGACACCCCAUGGGGCAGUCCUGCUGGCACCGACACCCCCUGGGAAGAACUCCUGUGGGCCUCUGCUGCUCAGCCGUCCCCCGGAAGCCUUGCCCUUGUCCUGGACUCCGGUGCCUCCUGGCCCUUGGGUCCCUGGACACUGGCUGCCUCCAGGCUUCUCCAUGCCACCACCAGUGGUGUGCCGCCUGCUGUACCAAGAACCUGCUGUCUCUCUGCCUCCCUUCCCUGGCUUUGACCCUGGCACCUCCCUCCAGCUGCCCACUCAUGGGCCCUUCACCACCUGCCCAGGAUCUCACCCAGUACUGACAGCUCCUCUUUCUGGAGAGCCCCAAGGGCCCACUAGCCAGCCCCGCACACACUCAACUCUGAUACUCCAGCCCUGUGGCACCCCAGACCCUCUUCAGCUACAGCCACAGGCCUCUGGAGCCUCUCGCCUGGCCCGGACAUCUGGCCCCUCAGAGUGGCAGCUGCAGCAAGAGGCAGCUGAAGCCCUCGUGGGGCUGAAAGAUUCAUCCCAGGCUCCUCGUGUGACCCCUUCUGUGCCCCCCAACCCUGCCUGGAUCUCCCUGCUUCACCCCUGUGGCCCACCAGCUCCUGCUGGAGGAAGAGGAUUCCAGCCUGUUGGCCCCUGUCUUCGACCCAGCCCAGCCCCCUCUGUUGCUCUGCAUAUUGGCCGUCUGGGGUCCAUCUCCCUCCUGAGCUAGAAACCUGGAGAUGGAGGCUGUCUUGCUGUGGCAGGGAGGUGACAGCCUGCUGGCACUGUAUACUUAGUGUCUUACUUGGGGAUUUAUGCAUGGAAUUUAAUGUAGUACAAGCUUCGGGCUUUUUUGUUUGUUUGUUUGUUUGUUUAAGCUUUCAGGUGCUUCAUUAGCUUUCAGUUCCUUUGGUCAUGUGGGCAUUUCCUUGGCUGACAGUGGAUAUUCUUGUACCCUUCUUGGGUCCUGGGAUCUCUUGAAAUCCCCAAUAAACAGAGAGUUGUGCUAUUUAAGCUGACCAGUAUCUAUAAACGUGUUUUCAUGAGUUUACAUCCCAGGAUUCCAUGAUUCUGUAAAUGCCUAUGCACUCAUGUCUGUCUCCAUGCAUGUGAAAACAGGAGAGUGUUUUCAUUUUGUGUCUAGGUUUGUGUGAGUAAGCAAGAAAUAAACCUUUGUUGUUGUAAGCCACUGAGAUUUGGGGAUUGUUAUCACAGCCUAACCUAGUCUAUCCUGACUGACAGAAAGGACUUGUUCAAUUCACUUCUCAAAGUGAAAAAUCUGUUAUCCGAUAGCUACUAUAGAUGAAAACAAACUUGGAUUUUUUUCUUUGUCCAAAUAAGAAAAAAAUGAUGUAAAGAAAUAGUGGGGGAUUUAGUGAUUAAUUGCCCGGUCUGUGCCAGGCAUAGACAGUUUCCAGCUGUCUAGAGGGGCUACAAAUCGAAAUGCCUACAGGGCUGAACAGAUCAAAUAAAUGAGUAAAGAAGGCCAGAUGGACCCUGGCAAACUGAGAAUGGAUGCCUUGCCUAAGGAGCAGCCUCCUUUUGGCCCUAGCAGAUUACUGCCAGGCGGGAAUGUGGACUCAGUGUUGCUCCAUCUUCUGAUUUUUUAAGAGAAACUGGAAAACUAGAUUUCCAUGUAAAACAUGUUAAUUUUCAAAUGUUGGCUCAGUUUUCUUCUUUAAAUUCUAUAUGUGCCAAAUAAAACAUAUUUUCAGGCU